GGUAAAGAGAAAAGUGGAGAAUGAUAGUUAUAAAAAUGUGGACAGCAGUGUUAUCAAAACUAAUUUGUAGUGAAAAGUGACGAAAUGUUGAAACGGACAUUCAUGUCCACCAUUAUUGUGCGAUACCGAUGAGAAAGUGAAAAGUGCGAACGUAAUAGUUUCAUAGAGGAUAGUAGGGUAAAGACUGGUGAAAUGGACUCCGAUAUAGACAUACAGACGUUUAUAAACUGCACGCAACAAGUGCUGCGGCGGAACCGAGCGUGGGACGCGCUCAACGUAACGCAGCUGCUGGAUCUCCUGCCCAGCCAGCUGCAGGAGGACGACACACUCAAGGAAACACUCGGCAACUGCAUGGGGCUGGGCGAGCGACCCUACAGCCCGCCCUGGUGGGGGCAGCUGGCCUGGCUAACGGUGUUCGCGGUCAUGCUCAUGCUAGCCGUACUUGGAAAUACUUUAGUCAUAUGGAUUGUACUCGCUCACCGACGAAUGCGGACAGUGACGAACUGUUUCCUCGUGAACCUAGCCAUCGCCGACCUCCUCAUGGCUACGCUGAACGGCGCGCCUAACUUCGUGUUCCUGGUGACCGCGCACUGGCCGUUCGGCGCCGCCACAUGCACGGCCAGCAACUUCACGGCGAACCUCACGGUCUCCGCUGGCGUGUUCACGCUAGUAGCGAUUACGGUGGACAGAUACGUGGCUAUAGUGAAGCCCCUUCAGCACCGGCUCAGCCGAAGCGUCGCGCGCGCGGCGCUCCUCACCGUAUGGUGUGCUAGCGCCUUGCUGGCCCUACCGAGCCUGCUGUACUCGGACACCUACAAGAAGAAGUAUAUCAAUGGUGAAAGAGAAAUAUGCUUCAUUAAAUGGCCAGACGGUAGCUAUCCAACAUCAAAGACGGAUUAUUGCUACAACUUAGUGUUCCUGGGCGUGACGUACGUGCUGCCUAUGAUCGUGAUGGUGUGGGCGUACGCACGCAUGAGCGCGGCGCUGCGUGGGCGCGCCAUCGGCGAGUGCACGCACCACCAGAUGCAGGUGGUCAGAGCAAAGCGGAAGGUGGUACGAAUGUUCGUUCUGGUGGUGAUGGUGUUCGCGCUGUGCUGGCUGCCGUACCACGCCUACUUCGUGUUGGUGUACCACCACCAGCGCCUGGCCUCGGCCCCGGUAGCGCAGCACGUGUAUCUGCUAUUCUACUGGCUCGCUAUGGCCAACUCCAUGUUCAACCCUCUUAUCUACUACUGGAUGAGUAAUAAAUUCCGGAUUUACUUUCGGGUGGUACUUUGUUGGUGCUGUUCUUCAAAAACCAAGACGCCGCCAGAAAUGAGUAAACAACUCGAAAUGAACAAGUCGUUUUCAGGUACUUACCUAUGUAGUCAGCCAGAGGCACUUUCGCGACGCCUCGUUCUUCAGCCGCGUAUGACACUCGCCCCGGCGGAGCAACCUGUCUCGGUCGGUUACUCCACGCGGGCUCUCAAGAGACACAGCAGUGGUGACCGCAACCAACGGCAACGCUGUGAGGAUGAACCCAACUGGCGCGCGAGAUGCCGACAGCGUUUGCGACGACCCCCUGUAAAGACUUGUAGUGCAGUGCCUAGCUUAGGUGACAAUCGUUGACGCUACGUGGCGAUAGAAAUGCUAACUACGAAAUGCUAGCUAAGCUAGCUACGAUACGCUUACGAUAAGCGUAAGUAAAAUUUUAUUGUGACUUUUAGCUAGGGUACCUAGCCUGUUAACAAUACUGAUGGUCUACCACGAACCACGUUGGAUGUGUUUUCUGUAAAUUUAAUUCAUUUUUAACUGAACAGGGAGGCAACACCCCGAACGUGGUUCACGGCAGGCCCUUUGCUACAUUCUACGUUAUUUGAUACGCGCGAUUAUAUUUUCGUGUUUUUAUUUUAUAAUUCCAUGAUAAAUAACGAGCCUUUGGACACAGUAUAAAGCCGACUCAGUAGUUAAUCUACCGCGAUCGGUAUUUGGCUCUGUCGCACGCGCCAAGCGCGACCUUGGCAGCGCCACGCAGCGCUGCGCUUACUGACGCGACCGGCAUCAUCCGGUUCUGCAUGUACUCUCUGCACCUCGCUCGCGCAGAGCGCUACUCAAGAACUAACCGCGCGGCGCAAAAUUUGUUAGAAGAAUUAUUACUGAGUCGUCCUUAUACUGUGCUUUGGACUAAUGACCAUUUGACUCAUAUUAACUGUCAAAGUUUCAUUAUUUUAAAAUCAACCGU